CACAGAAUGGAGAAGUCUAGGAAGAUCUUAGUCAGCAUCGUCCUGCUUAUCGCAGCUGUGGAAAUCUGCUUGGCUCAACACUGGUCUUACGGCCUACAACCGGGAGGGAAAAGGAGUGCCGAAAAUCUGGUGGAAUCAUUCCAAGAGACUGAAAACAAAAUGGAAAAACUGGAGGAAAUGCAGAAGACCGAGUGCCCAGGCCCCCAUCAGCAUUCCAGGUUUAGUGAUCUGAAGGGAGCCCUGGCAAGCCUCAUUGAAAGAGAAGCUAGCCAGAAGAAGAUUUAA